AAAACUGAAGUUUUCCUCUCCAUUGCCAGGAACUGGGUUCCAACUUCCAAGCUCCAACAGCAGUUGAAGGAUGAGUUCUAAGAGCUUCGCCUUCACCACCCCAGGGAAUUCAAGAGCUUGGGAUGAGUAUGAAUCAUGCUCUCCAGAUUAUGACUCGUACUGGAGCCGGCAGAGACCGGGAGAUCAAGAUAGGAGCACGCACGCUCCGUGGAGAUUAUUCGAGGAAAGAGUGAGGAGUGGACCCUAUGGCUUCACCCGCUUCCCAUCACAACCCUACUCCCCGGCACGCGUCCUCGCCGGCGACGUCGAGGACAGGGUGAACCCCAGGCUCCGGCAGUUCGUUCGGGAUGCCCCGCCGCAGAUCCGGCGUGAGUGGCAUCUGGGGCCGGAGGAGCGCGGCCUAAGCACCAAGGAGUCGUCGAAGAAAGCUCCGAAGAAGAAGCUGGGGAAGCACGUGUACCAUCCCACGCGAAGGGCACGGGAAGGCGAUCGGAAGGAUGAAGGUGAGAGGUGCACGAUUUGCUUGGACGCCUUCGUGCCCAACGAGCACGUAAUGAUGACUCCAUGCAACCAUAUGUUCCAUCCUGAGUGCUUGGUUCCAUGGGUGAAGGGCCACGGCAACUGUCCGGUCUGCAGGCAUGCGCUCUCCGAGAGAGAGGAGACUACUGGGUCAUCGUCCCGCAGCAGCAGCAGCAGCAACAACCACCAUGGGAACAACUUGGCUGGGGAACUGAGCUUGCUAAUAAGGGCCAUGGAAGAGGCUUUCAACUGGGUUGGCCGCUCGCGAGAUGAUGAUUCGUGUCAUUGAUACAUAUAUGCACAUCUAUUGGUGUUUUUCGUUGUCUAAAUCCUAUGCAGGCAUCAAAUAAAGUGGCGAUGCUCCUCAUCCUAUGAACUUAAUUAAUUUAAUGUAUUGUCGCGACGGUGAUAAUUAUUA